GAAACCUCUAGAGGGAGCCUCUGAACCUUCGAGCCUCAAAGUCCAAUUGUGGUUAAACACUACUCUCAUUCUUAAAAGAAGCUCUGUGGAGAAUAUAACGUUGAUAUCAUAUCUGAAACGUACUCUGUUACGUACUCUGUUAUCUGCGUACUCUGUUAUCUGUUAUCUGCGAGUACACCGUACUCUGUUAUCUGCGUUCAGGUACCGGAUCCGUCCAAAUAGGUUCCGGAACAAAACAGUACAACACGGAGAGUCGGGAAUAGCCUACAGUCGUCCUUUUCCGGAUCAGGAUCCGGCUCAAAUUAAGCAUUGAAGUACUGGCACAAAAGUGCAUCAUGGGACCUUUGAUCCAGCAAGUCUGUUUGGUAACAUGCCUUAUUUUUUCCCCCUGUUCAUCUGCUCCAGUUGCAGAUGGAACAGAGACUGAGAGGCAAUCAACUUCCGGGUCAACCUGUACACUGUAUGGUUUGGAUUGCACUGUGUGGUUUGCCCUAUGUGUUACAUUUGGGGCAAUUCUUUUCCUGGAAGUGGUUUUCUUGGUAUGGUAUAAGUGCUGUAGAGCUGAUCAAUUAUUGCAGACCGUCGAUCAACCAACUGAUAUAGAUGUGAAGCACGUACAUGAAGUGGAUGUAACUCUGGAUGUGGACACCGCUCACCCUAACCUACUGAUAGAUGGGAAAUCAGUACGCUGGAUAAAGGAAACACCACAGAGACCGUGUAGUGAUAAGAUGUUUGAUGAGGAUCCCUAUGUGCUGGGCAUUAUGGGUCGUGCUUGGAGGGCCUACUGGGAGGUGAAUGUGGAGAAGAAGGAUGACUGGGUACUUGGUGUUACCAAGGCAACAGCUAACAGGAAGGGACAGUUGGUUCUCAGCCCUGUCAAUGGCUUCUGGGUAAUCAGGCUGUCCAAUGGGGAAAGACUGAAAGCCAUGGAUGAUAAGGAACAUGUUCUUGACAAAAAUAUUCCAGAUAAAGUUGGGAUCUAUCUAGAUUAUAAGGAAAAGAAGGUGACUUUCUUUAAUGCAGAAGAUGGUUCACACCUCUACUCAUUUAUCAACGGACCAAGUUAUGAGGAUGAGGUCCGUCCACUUUUCUCACCCUGGAACAAUGAUACAGAUCCAAUCACAAUUUUGUUCAUUGAAAGUAAAAAAUCAAAAUAAUCUAAAGCAUUAAGGAUCACCUCUACAUCUGUCAAUAGGCUACUUUAUUGUGAUGGAGAGCUAAACUUGAGUGGUCUUAACUACACUAAUGAUGGUCAAUCACUAAUGAUUGUCACUUCAGUAAUAUUUACACAUUUGCUUGGAGUUGUUUAAAUUGAAUGAUACUUUUUGCUUAUUAGAGAAAUGUGUUGCUUUCUCACAUUGACUUUAUAUUUGUUGUCUGACUUGAAUAAAAUUGAACUGCUAUUUCAGUUGUAUUUUUCUCAAACCACACCAAUAUCAGAAGAGAAAUCAUGCAUAAUGCACAGGUAAUGUUAUGCCUUCCUUCAUACACAUAUACUGUACACUCUAUUGAUUUGUGAGGAAUAAAAUAUUGCUUUUAAGACUUGGAUGUGUAUCAGUUCAUGUCUUGUGACCAUGAGGAUCAAUCAGUUUAUGCCAGCUCUUACAUAAUGUAUAGACUGGGAAGGUUUGUAAUCAGCCAUUGGUAAGCACAACUCUGCAUCAGAGGCCUUCGUCUUUACAAUGUCAAGAAUGCUUUUCUGGGACCUCAUUAAUAAAAUGUUUGCACGCACA